AUGGUCCCCCGAACAACUCUGAGCACUUUCACCCACCCGGCGGCUCUCACAGCUACAGCGAGGCUAGCACCGAGGAGUUCCAACUUGAUCCGCCCAUUAAACUGCACCGCAAUCCGUGCCAACCAAAAAGAUGACCCUUCGAAGGACCCGAUCCUAUCGGCCACAAACAAAGCACCGGGCGGUGCUUCCGGCGAGCAUGAAGGCCAAUUCGCCCGAACAGACGAGAGUGUGCAGAUCGAGUAUCCGCCUGACAGUGAAAUGCCCGCUCAGCCAGUCGUCCAGGGCCGUGGUGGGAUGCACUUCAAGCGCACUCUGGCGUCUUUCUCGCUCGAAAACAGGGUCUCUAUGGUGACUGGUGGUGCGCGUGGACUAGGACUGGUCAUGGCGCAGGGACUGGUUGCUUCGGGUUCGGAUUUGGCUAUUGUUGAUUUGAACAAGGCCGAAGCUGAAGAACAGGCGCAAAAGCUCAUCGAUCAAUUCCAGAAAGAGAAUCCCAGCCUUGAGCAACUCCCAAACGUCACAGCCCAUUACGCCGACGUAUCCAACCCGGACUCGGUAAACGCAGCCCUCGCCGAAGUCCUCGCAAAACACAACCAAGUCGACAACCUCGUCACAUCUGCCGGAUUCACAGAGAACUUCGAAGCGAUCAAUUACCCAUUCGACCGCAUGCAAAAGCUCUGGGGCGUCAAUGUUGACGGGACAUACCUUUUCGCCACAGGCGUGGCCAAGCAUCUGAUGGAGCGCAACGCGCCCGGCAGCAUCGUCAUGAUCGGGUCGAUGUCCGGAUCGAUUGUCAAUGUCCCUCAGCCCCAGGCGCCGUAUAAUGCGGCCAAGGCGGCUGUGAGGCAUCUCGCUGCUUCGUUGGCGGUUGAGUGGGCGGGCCAUGAUAUUCGGGUGAAUUGUAUUUCGCCUGGUUAUAUGCUGACUGCUUUAACACGCAAGAUCCUCGACGAAAAUCCCCAACUUCGCGAUAAAUGGACUUCUUUAAUCCCUGUCGGAAAAAUGGGGACCCCAGAAGACUUGAUGGGUGCUGUCACUUUUCUUCUUAGCGAUGCCUCGAAGUAUAUCACUGGUGCCGAUCUCCGCGUGGAUGGUGGAUAUACCUUGACUUGA